AUGACCAUCCGGGCCGUGGUGCUGACUCACAGGAUGUGCCGCGUCGGAGAUGGGGACAAGAUCGUUCAGACCAUCCAAGAUGCCAAGCCCAAGCGCAAGAGCAAGGCCAGGGCCAAGCCAGUGAUCGCCGUGCCACCCUCGACAUGUGCACACGCUUCAAUCAAGAGGCACGGCAACGCCACGGGAAGGUACGCGACCUGCAACGACUGCCAAUGCCGGUGGAAGUGGGUCGAAGAUGGAGAAACCCGUGGAUGGCGCUUUCAUCCGUCUUCCAAGUCUUUGUGCGCUGCCCUUGCCGUCGGCCCAGACUGUGGUGGACACGUCUUGGACUCCAGCGUCUUCGUCAACCGGGCCACCUCCGGGUUCGAUGCCAAAGACUCGACCUCGUCCGACUUCGGCAACUUCGGUGUCCGGGUACCCUGGGAUGACGGCCGCCAACAUGAUGAUCCCCGAUACGGACGAAGAAGAGGAGAGCCCGAGCGACUACGACUGGGCACUGGUCCAGGACUGGUGAGAGGCAUCAAGAAGGGUGCCAUGAAGCGGCUCAUUCAUAACUUCGGGAAGUCAGCACAGCUUUUGGAGCAAGAGGUCAAGGUGUAUGAGGAGAAGCCGGGUGACCUCUAUCAACAUGUGGGUGCUGAUCUCCUUGAGGUGUUUUGGGAGGACCGCUUUGCAACGGAGAGAUUCACAUAUAACCUGGCAUCUCGGGCUGGGGACUUUGGCCUUUCCUUUGUGAAUCUGGCCAACCACGACAUGCACAACGAUUGUGAGUUGCUUCUGGAAGUGUGUACCAAGGCUCGGCCACAUGUGCUGGUGGUGCACAACAUGCAGAGGCAAAGCGCCAUGGCAAAACACAUGGUGCAAAAGUGCUGCGAACUGCAAGUAAAGAACGACAGGCUGUUUGUGAUCAGUUUCAGCUACCACUUGCACCACGACCACACGGGUGUCCUGGAGAACAUCGUGCACAUGCCUGGCACCUCUGCUGUGAUCUUUCAGGACACCGCGGAGGGCAAGGGCGAAGCAAUGGAGUUCGUGACGAACAGCCGGUGCAUGGUGAAUGCUGCGAGACAGAAGGAAAAGCCACCAGACAUAGGUGUGGCCCUCCUUGGUGCCAUCCGCCUCGAAGCUCAAAUGAGAUGCCCGUGGAAAUUCGAUGAUGUGGUCCACGACGUGUGGUAUGCACCGCCCGUCGACGAUCCGGAGCGAUGGCUGAAACUGCUAGAGAUGGUGGAAACAAGCCUGGGGCGAAGCCGCUACUUCUACCUGUCAGAGAACUCUAAGGAGAUGCGAGAGCUGAUGCAACUGGUGCCGUGGGAGAUCACCCGCGCACAGGCAUGCGCCCAACCGAUGACUCGACGGCUGCCCUCCGAUGUCCCCUUUACUCACCGCGGUGCCGCAUUGUUGCUGCACUCUGGGAAGCUUCAGCUUGAAAGUGAGGACCUCAAUGAGAUAAGGCAGCCCAAGUUGAAGUUCGAGGCACCGGUGCGCGUCGCAAUAUUCUUCUAUGGCAUGGCAGAGGACGAUAAGGUGACCGCGGCGCCCAACACCGAGCCGCAGUCACAUGUUCCUGGGCUGCGCACCGACAUCACGUUUCCGGGCAUCCCAGAGAGCAUUCCAAAAGAGGUUCGUGCAGCAGUGGCCAGGCUACAUUGCAAUGCCGGGCACCCACCAAAGCAGGAGCUUGUUCGACUUUUGGCAGCUCACGGUUCAAUAAAUUCACCAGUGCUUGCAGCUCUUGAUCACAUGAAGUGCGGUACUUGUGAGAGGGCACGGCUUCCUUUGAAACCACGUCCCGCCUCAGUACCUGAGUUCGUGGGUCAGUUUGCUGAGCAGCUGCAAGCAGAUGUGUUUUAUGUGCGUGAUCUUGCCACAGUGAACCACACGCUGCUAGGUGUGACCUGCAUGGCGACCAAGCUCUACCAGGCGGCAAUUCUUCCGUCUCGUGAUCCUCAGGUUGUUCUGAACGAGUUCGAUAGACUGUGGUUGCGACCCUACGGUUACCCCCUCUUCAUGAGUGUCGAUGCUGACGGUGCUUUUGAGGGUGCCUUUCAGCAACACCUUCAGGAGAGCGGUGUGGUGUUCACAGUUGUUCCAGCUGACGGGCAUCACCAAAUCGGUGCCAUCGAGAGACGCAACGCAGUGUUUCGGUCUGUUCUUGAGCGGCUCAUUGACGAGCACGGUGUGAGCAGCAAAGAGCAACUUGAUCUAUGCCUGAGUGCUGCUAUCUGGGCAGUGAACAGCAGUAUCCACACGAGAGGGAGAAGCAGCAUGCAAGCAGUUUUCGGCAAACUUCCCCGAUUUCCGGGGGAUCUUCUUGCUGACAGUGCUGCUCUUGUGACCUCCGACUACCACAGGUUGACCGAGCAACUCAGGUCCCAAGCCUGCCAAGUGGUGCAAGAAAUGGCCGCAUCUUCAGUGAUAAGGCGGGCCCUGUUGAGGAAAUCCGCUGCUUCCAGAGCACGUGUGGAAGAGCUACUGCCGGGUUCCCUUGUUGCGUACUGGCGCUGGAACCUCAAAGCUCGCGGCCGCAAACGCGGUGGCUACAUCCUUGGACGGCUUGUGGUCAAGGAUGAAAAGAACGCAUGGGUGCAAAGUGGCGGCUCAUUGGUUCAAGUCACCCACGAGCAACUACGGCCAGCCAUAGGCAUUGAGAUGUGGACUCCCAGUCCUCAGGAUGUCAAGAUGCUCAAGGAAGGUCGGGAGUCGGCGAAUCUGGAGAACUUUAUCAACUUCCAGCAAUGGGACGUGAUGCACAACCAGAGCCACCUCCACAACAACAGCCACAAGAGCCGCCAGCACAACAAGAGCUGGCCCUUCCUUCAGCUGCUUUUGGAGAUGGUGAUGGAGGCGAUGUACCAGCAAAACAUUUGGCAGCUUGCUGAAGGCUCUGGUCCCGAUCAAGGGGCCGACCAGCUCCACAGACUCCUCAGCUACAACCUCCGACUCCACGACAACCUUCGACACCGCGGGUGCCUGCGACUCCUAGAAGAAGGGCGUCUGUACAGCGUGACCAGCUCUUGGAUAGAGCACCUUCGACGCCUCGACCGGCACAAGCUUCUACGUCGGCACCACCUACGCCACCAGUGGUUGAACCUGCUCCACGACCUCCUGUACCAGUUCCACAACCACCAACGCCGGUUCCUUCUGAGUUCCCAGUUUCUCCUUUGGUUCCUUUUUCUGCUGAGAUGUACGGCUCAGCUGAGUACGGUGCCCCUCUUGAAGACGGGCAACCUGGUGAUGUCACUACGGCAACUGCGUCGGGGACACUUGAAGCUACUACGAGCGCUGCUGAACCGCAGAGCCGGGAGAUGGUGGAUGAUAGCCCACCGCAGGUCUAUUCUCCGGAAGCAGGCUGGGAUGGCUCUCCAGACUACCGCCUUCACUCUCCUUGCGUUGCUUUUCGCUGCUGUGCUGCUCGGCACGAGGGAGAUGAUGUGUCAUCCGACUCUUCUGGCGACGAUGCAAGCGGACCAGCCAACGAUCCCUUGGAGGAAGCUUAUGAGCGACUACCCCUCCGAUGUCAUCAGCCUCUUCGUCCAGGCCAACAAGAAGGAGUACGACUCCUGGAUGUCCUGGAACUCCAUUCGGCCACUCACCAAGUUGGAGGCCGAUCGGGUCAGGAGUGAUCCAGUCCUGAGGAAGAGGAUCAUGCCAUCGAGGAACGCUUACCGUGACAAGAACAGGGGUGCAGGCCCUACAGUGAAGGCCAAGUGCAGAACCGUGAUACAAGGAUGUCACGACCCUGACCUUGGGUUGUUGGACCGCUCGAGUCCUACACCGACUCGCCUUGCUGAGUUUGUGAUCUACGAGAUCGCCUGCGCUGGCUACAACCGCCGCUUCCUCAAGAACCGCAAGAAGUGGAAACUGUGGUCAGGUGACGUGAGUACAGCCUUCCUUCAAGGCCAGCCUCAGACCAGAGACCUGCCUAUCUUCAUGAGGCCGCCUCGUGACGAUAUACAAGGCAAGGCUGGAACCUUUCUCCACGAACUCUACGAAAUCGUGGGGAACCUUUACGGCUUGUGCAACGCACCGCGCACCUGGAUUAACCACAUAGUGUCAAAGCUCAAGAAGGCAGGGUUUCGCCGACACCGACUCGACCACACCGUUUACUACAAGUGUGACUCCGCCGAGGAACUCCUGAUCGUCUUGUUGUUCCACGUGGACGACUUUUUGGUCGCGUUUCGCGAGGACUAUAACUUCGACGAGCUCCUUGGCAUGUUCACCUGGGGCCAAAAGAGCCUGCUCGAUGAGGGCGACUUUGUCUUCAAGGGCAAGGAAGUGAGCCUGAAGUUCGUCGAUGGCGAGUACCAGAUCGUCGUGACCCAGAAGGCCUUCGUGAGUGAGUUGAAAAAGGGGAAGCUUCCACGCGGGAGAGCUUCCGAAACAACCAAGCUGACCGCAGAGGAGCUUCGUGAGUACAGAAGCUGCGCUGGAAGCCUUCAGUGGCUCACGGGCUGUACCCGACCAGACGUUGCAGCAACGGUGUCACUGAACAACCUCGGGACCGACAAUGGACCCGCGCAGCUCAAGGCAUUGUACGACUGCAUCGACUACGUCAAGGACAGCGACCAGGACGGACUGGUGUUCAGAGGUGUGGCUUUGAACUACGCCACAGUGGUCGUGGGCUACUCCGACUCAAGCUGGGCUAACGCCCCUGGUGGCAAAAGCCAAAUGGGCGUGAUAGUGGUGGUCACAAGUCCAGAGUGCACAGAGGCCACAACAAAGGCUACACUGUUGGACUGGAGAAGCUCUCGAAGUCCCAGAGUUACCAGGUCAACGUUAGCUUCUGAGGCGAACGCCAUGGACGACGGAGUUGACCGCAGCACCUUCCUGAACACCUUCCUCUCCGAGCUGGUUUGUCCGAGUUCAGCUUCUGAGAAACCCCGCGGCUCUUUAAAGCAGAUCCAAGUUGGAGCACUGAAGCAACUUCAGGUGACAGACUGUAAAUCCCUUUACGACGCUGUGAUCAGUGAAAAUCCCUCUCUUGAAGAGAAGAGGACCAUGAUCUCUGUGAGGUCCAUUCAGGACUUCAUCAGUCCACAGCAGGUGCAUUGGGUGCCUACAGACCUGAUGUUCGCCGAUGUGCUGACAAAGCACAGUGCCGCCCUUCGCGAGACAUUCCGCUUGUGGAUGUCCUCACCAUAUGUCAAACUCAAGGAGAGUGAACACCAAAAAGAAAAGUACACCAGUGUGAAUUAUCUGCUAGUGCAUCCGUAG